AUGAUUCUCUGCAGCAACCUCAAGUACAGAAUGCGAAAUAAGGUCGAAACUAAUAUCGAGGUUGAUGUCGAGGCAAAUGUCGAGGCUGGUUUUGAGGAGGUGUCGAUGGCUGGUGUCGAGGCAGAUGUCGAGGCAGGUGAUGAUGCUGGUGUCGAGGCCGGUGUGUCGGGGCUGCGCAGGACCUCCUGUGGGCUACCGGUCCGUCCACUCGAAAGGAAAUCAAAUGAAUUUUAUUAG